AACAGAUGGGUUGUCCUUGUACAAAAUAUGGUAUCCACCUGCACUUCAUUAGAGAGAGCUGCAUUUUUGUACAUGCCACACCACAGGAUCACCAUGAUGACAUAGCAGCUUCAGAGAACAGCGUGACUAGGGCUUUUUUUUUUUUUUUUUCUCUUGUAACACAGAGGAUCUGGCAGACUUUUACCUCCUGACACUGUUUACAGCAUAUAUUGGUCGAUACAGUCCCUUAUUGCAUCUGCUCUGGGAAUUAAGGAAAGCAGCUUCAAGGCAGUAAGGGACAAGACACAUUACAAAGAUGACUUUAAACUCCCUACCUGUCUUUCUGUUAUUGAUUAGUGGCAUUUUUUGCCAAUAUGACUAUGGUCCUGCAGAUGAUUAUGGUUAUGAUCCUUUUGGGCCAUCAGCAGCAGUCUGCGCCCCAGAAUGUAAUUGUCCUUUAAGCUACCCUACUGCCAUGUAUUGUGACAAUCUUAAACUGAAAACCAUUCCGAUUGUACCAAGUGGAAUAAAAUACCUUUAUCUUCGAAACAAUAUGAUUGACGGCAUUGAAGAGAACACGUUUGAUAAUGUAACAGACCUACAGUGGCUGAUCCUAGAUCACAACCAUUUGGAAAAUUCAAAAAUUAAGGGAAGAGUCUUCUCUAAACUAAAGAAUCUGAAGAAACUUCACAUUAACUACAACAAUUUGACUGAAGCUGUUGGACCACUCCCUAAAACUCUGGAUGACCUGCAAUUAAGUCACAACAAGAUCACAAAAGUCAAUCCCAGUGCACUUGAGGGGCUGGUGAAUCUGACUGUCAUCCACCUCCAGAACAACCAGCUGAAAGCAGAUUCUAUUUCUGGGGCUUUUAAAGGCCUGAAUUCACUUUUGUAUCUUGACUUAAGCUUCAAUCGACUUACAAAGCUACCGACAGGACUGCCUCACUCCUUACUCAUGCUGUAUUUUGAUAACAACCAGAUCUCCAAUGUUCCCGAUGAGUAUUUCCAAGGUUUUAAAACCCUGCAAUAUUUACGUUUAUCCCACAAUAAAUUAACAGAUUCUGGAAUACCAGGCAAUGUCUUCAAUAUCACAUCACUGGUUGAGUUGGAUCUCUCCUUCAAUCAGCUGAAGAGCAUUCCAACCGUCAGUGAGAACCUUGAAAACUUCUACCUCCAAGUCAACAAAAUUAACAAGUUCCCAUUGAGCAGCUUCUGUAAGGUUGUUGGGCCAAUGACCUAUUCCAAGAUCACACAUUUGCGCCUGGAUGGAAACAAUCUUACUCGGGCUGAUCUGCCACAGGAGAUGUACAACUGCCUUCGGGUGGCUGCUGAGGUUUCACUGGAGCAAACAAUGACUCUAAAAGUCUAUACAAGCCUUUUGCUCUUAUUCUUGGUCAAUUCUGUGUGGACUCGAACUGUAAGACAAGUUUAUGAUGAGCUGGAUCCUGAGCAUUGGUCUCACUACACUUCCGAGUGUCCACGAGAGUGCUUUUGUCCUCCUAGUUUCCCCAAUGCAUUAUACUGCGAUAACAAGGGACUUACAGAAAUACCUGUAAUCCCAGCAAGAAUUUGGUACCUCUAUCUUCAAAACAAUCUAAUUGAAACAGUUUCAGAGAAGCCUUUUGUGAAUGCCACUCAUCUGAGAUGGAUAAAUCUGAACAAGAAUAAGAUCACCAACAGUGGAAUUGAAAGUGGUGUGCUGAGCAAGCUGAAAAGGUUGCUUUACUUAUUCCUUGAAGAUAACGAAUUGGAAGAGGUGCCUGCCCCAUUACCAGUGGGCCUGGAACAGCUAAGACUGGCUAGAAACAAAAUCUCCAGAAUCCCAGAAGGAGUCUUCAGCAAUUUGGAAAACCUUACUAUGUUAGAUCUGCACCAUAACAGUUUGUUGGACAGCGCUCUUCAAAGUGACACCUUCCAAGGACUCAACAAUCUUAUGCAACUCAACAUAGCAAAAAAUUCACUCAAGAAAAUGCCUUCAAGCAUUCCAGCUAACACCCUGCAGCUAUUUUUGGACAACAACUCCAUUGAAGUGAUACCAGAAAACUACUUCAGUACAAUACCCAAAGUGACUUUCCUCAGGCUGAACUACAAUAAAUUAUCUGACGACGGUAUUCCCCCAAAUGGGUUUAAUGUUUCAUCCAUUCUAGAUCUACAGCUGUCUCACAACCAGCUCACUAAAAUUCCACCGUUCAAUGCUCACCUUGAGCACCUUCACCUUGAUCACAACAGAAUCAAAAGUGUCAAUGGUACUCAAAUAUGCCCAGUCUCAAUUGCCAUAGCAGAAGACUAUGGUUUUUAUGGCAACACCCCUCGCCUCCGAUACCUUCGCCUGGAUGGAAAUGAAAUUCAACCUCCAAUCCCAUUGGACAUCAUGAUAUGUUUCCGAUUACUUCAAGCUGUUGUUAUAUAAAGAUAUUGCAGUGUCACUCUUGUACUGUGAGAGUGCUAAGACACAAGUUUUGCUGGAAUGAAACUUGUUCUAACUCAUAAAUCAAGAAGUAACAGCUUUAUUUUGACUUUAAUUUUUUCUUUUCUUGCAUUUUUUUUAUGUCUGAAAAGAUUGUUCUUCUUUCAGAAGAGAUUUUGGAUGGACAUGAAACAUGUGCUUAACACUUUACCUAAGAAUUCCUAAUGCGAAUAUAUUGAAAAUCAGCUGUGUAAGAUUCCAAAUAUUCCAAAGCAAAUUUUUGGCUACUCUCUCUCUUGUCAAAUGCUACAAUGUCUAUCCUGUUAACAUCAUUGCUACAGACAAAUUAUAUUUCCUUAUGUUGUUACAUAGUAACUAACACAAUGAAUUUGGGUGCAGUUGGUUAAACAUCAGAACUGCCACUAUCUUUUUUAAGAUAGUGACUAAUCGUGAACAACCACUUAACAUGUAAAUAACUCAUAAAUUGCUGUCAUCCUUUGAAGACUGAUACUUUUAAGGCAUGGCGUAUAUGAGGCUUAGAAACCAAAGCAAUAUACUGAAUAUAUACUGUUGUAUGGAUUCAUUCAGUGUAUGAUUUCAGAAUUGGAAUACACUGAUCCAACUCAAAUCCAGGGACAAGGGAACAUGAGAUGAAAUCUUGGUCUAUCAAAGUGCCAAUUUUCUGCUGUUUCAUUCCUCAGUAUUCCAUUUCUAGUUUUGACACCAUUUCUUUCUGUAGCUUUGGGAUAGUAAUUGAAUAUUUGGUUUAUUUUAGUUUCUAUACAGAUAAAACCAAGAACAGUAAUGGAACAGUAUUUCACACACUAGGUACUUCACAAAAAUUGGAAUAGCUAGUUAAUAUAAUAGUGAUAAAGAGAAAAUUAAGAAAUUAAGAAAUACAUCCCUUCCCAAUUAUUUACUGAACUAGCCAAAUAUUUGCAUAGGAAUUUUAUUGGUUUAAGCAAAUACAAUCAACUAGAGCAGUAUUUAGCUAUCUGCUGACUCAUAUACACACACAUAGUAACACUGGAUUUUAGAGAAGUCCAGAUAUUUAGAAUACAGCACAUUCACAAUUCACUAACAAGGGAGAUAUCAGCAGGCAUCUUUUUAUGAAAUCUGGUUGCUUUUUUUCUAUUUUUAUAAGAUAGUAUUGGGAUUUCAAUACACAACUUGAAUAUUAGACUCAACUAUUCACUGGGAGAGGAUGACAUUUUUAUUUCUGAUAGCCAGCACAACAGACUAUCCAUCAGUCAUAUUAUUUUAGUCUUCUUGUAUUUGUAGAUAGAAGCAAUUAGUUGCUCUUUGAUAGCUUGCAUCUAUUUCUAACAUUUUAAGACUGGUCUUAGUAACAAACAUUUAAAGACUAUGCAUGCAGAAUAAUUUUUUUCUUUGAAGAUGAAGCAUUUUCUUAAAAGUAGAUUUUAAAAAGGGUUGAGAACUGCAAUUUCUAACAUUCAAUCUCUUUUUAUCUGAAAAUCAGGCCUUAUUCUGCUCCAAUGCACUUGUGGAAAUAACCCAGUAUAGAAACCCAGCAUAGAAAUAACCCAUUCAAAAUCCCACCACAAAAACAUUUAUUUUUGCAGUUCUUUUUAUGUGAUUGCUGAGAAACUCCUGCCCUUCUAGCAAAAUAUUUUCUGUACCUCUGUGUUCAGCCUAUAUGAAAAAAUACAGAUUUUAAAAGUCUCUACAAUAUGUAUGCAUGUUUACCUAUGUUCUUUACUCAAUAAUAGCAUAAUAAUUUAUUUUUUUGAAAAAAAAAAAAUUAUGUGACAAUACUACUAAUUAAAUUAUAACAAUAAUU